AUGAGGCUGGAGAUGUAUCUUUCUCACAUGCAGAUGAUCCACAUUUCACCUUUCCCAGAAACAUUAUGUGUCCGAGACCACUUCAGACUUUGGUCCUCUGACUCGGGCUCCCUAACACUGGUUUCAGCUGAAGGAGAAUCUGGUUUAGAUGUUUCUCCUCUUGGCUAUGGCAAUUUCUCGGAUUUUCCUUGGUUUGAAAGUGACCUUGACAAUUUUCAGGAGUCCUUGUCAGGAAUUUUAUAUGUCAUCAAACUGAGAGUUGUCUGGUGUUUUCUCAUGGAAAGACAAGAGGAAGAUUGCAGAGCUUUGGCCAUUGGGAGCCCUUUCAUUUGGCUUCUGCACCUCUUUGAUAUGCCCUCAUCAACUUUUUUAGCCUUUUUACUUUCUGAUACUACAAAUGCUUCAGAGCCAGUCCUAGAAUCAACCAUUUCUCCGUGGAGCCCGCAUGGUUCUUUUUAUUGGAGAAUGAGGAACGAGGAAAUCGAAGCUGCAAAUGUGACCCUGGAUGAAGCCACUGCCCAUCCUGCCCUCCUCGUGUCUGAAAGAGGGAGGCGAGUUACCUGGCAAGAAACUUGUCAAGAUCUUCCCAGAUCCACACAGAGAUUCAACUCCAUUCCCUGUGUGCUGGGUCAGCUGCGCAUCAACUCAGGGAGGGCCUACUGGGAGGUGGAGGUUGGGGACAUGCAAUCUUGGGACUUGGGAAUUUGUAGAGAUAAUGUGACCAGGGAGGGGGUAUUCACUAUGUCCCCACAGAAUGGUUUCUGGGCCAUUAGGCUCUAUGACGGGGACUACUGGGCCCUCACCUCCCCGGAAACUUCUCUUCCUCUAAGAGAAAGACCCCUUAAGGUGGGGAUAUUCCUGGAUUAUGAGGCUGGAGAUGUAUCUUUCUACAACAUGACAGAUGGAUCCCACAUUUUCACCUUUCCCCAGAACACAUUCUAUGGUGUCCUGAGACCACUUUUCAGACUUUGGUCCUCUGACUCGGGCUCCCUAACCAUCUGUUCAGCUGAAGGAGAAUGUACUGAUAUAAUUCAUAAGUCUACCCUCCAGGCGAAAUGAUCACUUUGCCCCAAAGAAGAUCGCAUUUCUCCCCUAGCAAGAUAUAAAUACAUUUUUUCCUAGUCCCUACUGGUUCAUUGUCAAUAUAAAGCUCUGUGACACAGACUUGAUGAUUGUCCCUCAUAUCAGUUCUUCCUGUUUUUGUCAUAUAUUCCUUCUCAUUAUUACCUUUUCCUAUGACAACCUCCUACAAGUAUUAGAUUUCUUACACCCCCUUAGUGCAUGUGACUAAAGGAUGGUGUUGUAUUAAAAGGUGAAUUACAAGGAUGUGUCCUUAAAGGAAAAUUGUGUCUUUCUUUUCUUCUUUACUUUUCUUCUGGCUAUAAAGUGUCAUGAUUAAUGGAACUCAAAAGACAUAUACGACCAUGUAAUAUGACGCAGAUGGUAGAGAAAUUGAAAUGAACUUGGGAGUCUGACAACUCCAUGGAGCCCCUCUAUUGCCCAAUUCUAGAAUUCUUUUCUGUGAAACAUAAACAUUUAUAUCUUUAA